AUGUCUUUCCGAGAAAUCAGGAACUUUUGUGAAAUCAUGCGUUCAUUAGGCUACUCACGUAUUAUUUCGAUGGAAAAUUUCCGAACCCCGAAUUUCGAGCUGGUGGCCGAUAUAUUGGAUUGGCUUCUUUUAAGGUAAACUUUAGAUAGGGUUGACCCUGAGUGUGAUAUUCCAAAUGAUAUUGAAGAAGAAAGACAAAGAAUAAACUUCAUUACGAACGUCGCUAAGUUUUUCUUAUCAAAAACCAGAAUAAAGCUGAAUUUAAGGAAGCUUUAUGAAGCUAACGGGUAUGCAGUCAGAGAACUAUUGAAAAUUGCGACGAUGCUUUAUAAGGCACAAUCAUCAUCGUCAAAAACUGACGAAGAAUCUUGUAAGAUAUAGCUAGUGAUGGACAUUGCUAUGAGCUCGAAGCUGCAAAACCUUAAGACUGCACAUGGCUUGGCUACUCAGAUUACUGAUACAGGCGCCAAACUAUUUGAUUUAUUAUCGAAAGAAAAAGAAUUGAGGGAUGCAAGGGAAAAAGCAUUAGGAUUUCUAGAUAUACCGCUUAUAUAAAGAUGAGAUAAAAGGAGAUCUGCAAUAUUAUAAUAGAAAUUACUUUAAUUUUUAGUAUAAUAGAAAACCAUUCAUAUAUAAAAAGCAUAAUAUUUCAAGGAAUUUAGACUCUAAUGCAGAACAAGAAUACAUAAGAAAAUGCAUCAGAGAUAUCAUACAAAGCCAAACUGGCAACUUGGCACAGAUGGAAAAAAUGCUUGAAGAGCUCGAAAACGACGAAAAAACACUUGAAGCAAAAAUAAAGAAAAGAACAGGAGAGCUGGAAAGGGCUGAAAAACGGAUGAAGUCUCUACAGACUGUCAGGCCUGGGUAUAUGGAUGAAUAUGAAAGGCUGGAACAAGAAAUUGAAAAAUUAUACGAAGUUUAUGUAGUCAGGUUCAGAAAUCUAGCCUAUUUGGAACAUGAUUUAGAUGAAUACAGCCAAAAAGAAGAAGAAAAAUCCAAACAAAUUUCAGAAUCUCUAAACCAGGAAAGGAAUGAAAUUAUGGAAACCCAGAAAAGAAGAUUAAUUGGGGAUGGCGAAUUUGAAGAAGGGGACAUUGAGCAGAAUCCUCCUAAAGGAAAAGCUGGGAAUAAUAAUGCUGGCAGCAAUAGAGAAAGACCGAUGGAAGCUAGACAAAAUAAUAGAAGGCAGCCGAAACAAGAAGAAAGUGACGAAAGUGAUUUAAUUGAUGAAGAUGAAGAAGAAGGAUCACUAGAGGUAGAUGAAGAAGGCUCUGAAGAAGAGCUAGAAGAGGAAGAAAGUGACUCAAUUGAUAAUGACUUUUAA